CGAAGUACGUUACGAUAUCUCGAAGGAAAUUUUCUGCAGAACGGAACGUGUUUUUCAUUGUUGUGUGUGGAAAUUGAGAGUUAUGGGUGUGAAUAAUCAGUCGCACGUGUGAGCUUGUAAGCAUAGCUGAUAUUAACAACACUCAAAGGAAUGUUACUGUUAUGGAAUCGACGUCUGUUGUCACGUCUGGUGUGUAUAGUUGGGUUGACUGCAACUUUGAAUAAUUAAUCAUGACGAGUCUCAAGAUGGCACCACCGCAGUCUGUGGGUCCCAGCGACCCACUGACACAGAUGAACAAGUACCGGUCUUAUGUAACUAUCUUAGCAGAUUCUAAUGCUAAAGAUGAGAUAAAAGUAAAGGCUGCUCAAGAACUCAGUGAAAAUUUUGAGGUGAUAGUCAAAUCUCCACAGUAUCCGACCUUUUUGGACCAUUUCAUGAAAAUAUUUCUCAAGAUCCUGCAGGAAGGGGAACCUCACUUCAUAGCUGAGUAUAACAUCCAGCAAGUGCGCAAACUGAUUUUGGAGAUGAUCCCACGUCUGCCAACCAAUGACUUGUUACGCCCCUAUGUGAAACCAAUCCUGACGCUAAUGCUGAAGCUGCUGCAGACAGACAAUGAAGAGAAUGUGCAGGUGUGCGUCAGGAUCAUCAUUGAGCUACACAAGCAGUACCGACCAACAUUCAAUCCGGAGAUCCAAAUGUUGAUGCAGUUUGUAAGGACGGUUUACCAGGAAUUACCAAAUCACAUGUCAAAGAUCUUUGAGCCCCGACCAACGCUGAGAGUGAAGGACCUAUCAGAGAUCAACAUAGAAGCCUUGUUGACAGAGACGUACACAAUCAUGACCAUUCAGAGUGAGAAGAAAACAGCUGAUGGCACCGUGAUAUCGUACAACCUGAUCCCAAAAGGAGUGUUGUCGCUAAAGGUUCUGCAGGAACUACCUAUCAUGGUGGUGCUUAUGUUCCAAAUGUACAAACAAAAUGUGCAGCAGGAUGUGAUUGACUACAUCCCUCUCGUAAUGACCACAAUCACACUCCAGCCUUCACCUCAGCAAAGGGCAAACCCUGCAUUCAACAAGGAGGUGUUCGUGGAUUUAAUGGCUGCACAAAUCAAGACUUUGUCAUUCCUCGCUUACGUUGUGCGCAUGUACCAAGAGAUGGUUGCCCAGCACUCGAACCUCAUGGUGAAGGGCUUGCUGGGGAUGUUGACAAUCUGCCCCUUGGAAGUGACACACCUGCGGAGAGAACUCCUCAUUGCUUCGCGACACAUUUUUUCAACUGACCUGCGUGUCAAAUUUGUUCCUUACAUGGAGCGACUGUUUGAUGAGAAUGUGCUCCUGGGAAAGGGUUGGACCACGCAUGAGUCCUUACGCCCCUUGGCAUACAGCACUCUUGCUGACCUGGUUCACCACGUAAGGCAGCACCUGCCGUUCUCUGAUCUUGCUCGAGCUGUGCAUCUCUUCUCUAAGAAUGUUCAUGAUGAGACACUGCAAACCAAUAUCCAGACCAUGUCUUGCAAGCUGCUCCUGAACCUGGUGGAGUGCAUCAGAGCCCGCAGUGAGGAGGAGAAGGGGCAGGGGCGGGAGCUCCUCAUGAGGAUGCUAGAGGUGUUUGUUAUCAAGUUCAAAACGAUCGCCAAGUUGCAGCUCCCUGUCCUCUUGAGCAAGUGCAAACCUCAGAUGUCUCAAGCUGCUGCUGUGACACCUAGCACUGCGUCUGGAGGAACUCCAGCCCCGGCCACCCCUUUGGCAGUCACUCCCACCACUCCUGUGGACCAAGUGAAGACUGAAGACACAAAACAGCCAGCCCAGCCCCACACUAUGACAGAUGGAGGUCCACUCCCAGUGAAAGAAGAACGGGACAAGUCCCGGUUUGGUUUCCCCACAUCACAGGCUGGAAACCUCAGCGUGACAGACUGCCGCAGCCUCGUGAAGACUCUGGUGUGUGGCGUGAAGACCAUCACGUGGGGCUGUGCCUCAUGCAAGAAUAGCACUGGUGACAUGACAUUUCAGAGCAAGCAGUUUCAGCCCAAGGAGACGUUAGUGUUCAUCCGACUCGUGAAGUGGGCCAUGCAGGCUCUCGACAUCUACACACUGAGCGUGAGUCCCGUUGCGCCCGGCACCAUGUUGCCUGGCGGACAGAGGACGCAGUCGUCGCAAACUGUGCGCACCAAGGAAGAGAAGGAAGUGCUGGAACACUUUGCUGGAGUUUUCUCAAUGAUGAACCCGCAGACUUUCCAGGAGAUAUUCUCCACCACAGUCGACUACAUGGUGGAUCGUAUCUACCGAAACUUUGCACUGCAGGUAGUUGGCAACUCAUUCCUGUCGAAUCCGACAACAUCGCCCAUCUUUGCAACGGUGCUAGUGGAGUACCUGUUGGAGCGGAUGGAAGAGAUGGGAAGCAAUGUGGAGCGCAGUAACCUGUACCUGAAACUAUUCAAAUUGGUGUUUGGGAGCGUGAGCUUGUUCCCAGCCGAGAACGAGCACAUGCUUCGGCCCCACCUGCAUCAGAUUGUCAACAGGUCCAUGGAACUAGCAAUGAGUGCUAAAGAGCCCUACAACUACUUCUUACUCCUUCGUGCGUUGUUCCGCUCUAUUGGUGGAGGUAGCCAUGACCUCCUGUACCAGGAGUUCCUUCCACUUUUGCCCAACCUUCUGCAAGGCCUGAACAGCUUGCAGAGUGGUCUGCACAAGCAGCAUAUGAAGGAUCUGUUUGUGGAGCUGUGUCUCACUGUUCCUGUCCGCCUAAGCUCUCUGCUGCCCUACCUGCCCAUGCUGAUGGACCCACUGGUGUCAGCCCUGAAUGGCUCUCCAACUCUCAUCAGCCAGGGUCUGCGCACACUUGAGCUGUGUGUGGACAACCUGCAGCCAGAUUUCCUAUAUGAGCACAUUCAACCUGUACGAGCAGAUCUGAUGCAGGCAUUGUGGCGCACUGUGCAUAAUCCAACUGACCAGGUGGCACACGUUGCAUUCAGGGUCCUGGGCAAAUUUGGCGGAGGCAACCGCAAGAUGAUGAUUGAACCGCAGAAACUGGAAUACAAUGACAAGGAAACACCUGGCCCAGCAAUAAUUGCAUACUUCCAGGAGCACUCUAAACCAAUAGACUUCCCCGUGGAGAAGGUCAUUGAGACAGCAUUCACUGCCCUCAAAUCAAGCACGACAGAUCCGUUCUACCGCCGGCAAUGCUGGGAGGUGAUUCGCUGUUUCUUGGUUGCAUCACUGAACCUUGAUGAUGACAAGAAUAUGAUGCAGCAGCUCUUCUCUCACCCAAGCCUUGAUGAUCCUCACGUGAAGAUCUCUCCAAUCCAGGGCAUUCCUUACAAGUCACAGGACAAGCAGGCCAGGGCCACUCACCAGAUGGCAGUCACAGGAAUGUUUGUUGCUGCAGCCAUAAAGGAGUUGCGACAGUGUGUGUUGCCCACUAUGGUGUUUCUCGUGAGUCACUACACAAUGGUGGCGAUAUCGCAGCAGGCUGGUCCAUUCUCCAUGACAUCGAAGCAGGCAAGCCUGAAGGGCAUGGACCCCCUGGUGCUCAUAGACUCUCUGGCUGUCAUAAUGGGACAUGAGGAGAAGGAGUUGUGCAAGCCAGGACACUUGGCGCUUGUCCUGAUCCUGGAGACCGCCAUCAACAUUCUCGGCUCCAAGCAGAAGGCUUGCCAGCUGCCCCUCAUGGAGUACCUGGCAGAACGCAUGUGUUCGCUGUGCUAUGAGCGAGCCUGGUAUGCCAAGCUGGGUGGCUGCAUUGCCAUCAAGUUCCUGGUUGAGCGCAUGGCUAUGCGUUGGGUGCACGAACACCUGUUCCUGUUCCUCACUGCCCUGCUGUUCGUCAUGAUGGAUCUCACAGGAGAGGUUUCAAGUGGUGCAGUUGACAUGGCAAAGGCAAACUUGGAGAAGAUGCUCAUCAGUUGUGCUGCUCCUGUGGAGAGAGAUGGAACUAACGAUGAUGCGGUGAAUGCUCAGCAGAAGAGUCUGUUUGAAGUGACACAUGAGCUUGUACGACAAGUGACCAGCCCGAACACUCUACUCAGGGAGCAGGCAAUGCACUCGCUGGAGGUCCUGGCUCGCAUCCAGAACAAGACUGUGACAGAGGUGAUGGAGCCACACAGAGAGCUACUCCAAGACAUGAUCCCACCAAAGAAACACCUCCUGCGCCACCAGCCAGCGAAUGUACAGAUCGGCAUCAUGGAUGGCAACACAUUCUGCACCACACUGGAGCCACGACUCUUCACCAUCGACCUGUCCAUUGUGGAGCACAAGGUCUUCUUCCACGAGCUGUUAUCCCUGUGUGAGGCAGAGAACUCUGUCCUUAACAAGCUGCCAUGCUAUAAGUCAGUAAGCAAUCUCGUCCCUCUGCGCAAGUCUGCACUUCGAGCCCUGGCAGCGUGCCACUACAUCCAGUCUUGUCGAGAGAAGAUAUUCCCAGUGCUGUACAAAGCUCUGGAGCAGUCAAACCCAGAGCUGCAGGAGGCCGGCUUCGAAUGCAUGAAGAAGUUCAUUGCAGGCUUCCAGAUUGACAUGGAGAUGGUUCACACUGUGAUGCGUCCAUUGCUGCUGACACUGGGAGAUUAUCGCAAUUUAAGUCUCAAUGGGGCCAAGCGCCUGUCAUACUUGACGCAGCUAUUUCCAUCGAGCUUCAAUGAAAAACUUUGUGAACAGCUGUUGCAACAUCUGAAGAAGCUGCUGGAAGUUGCCAUUUUAGCUCAUAAAGGAGUGUCGAAGAAUGGAGAAAAUGAACAGAAGAUAGCGACCAUCAUUGGCAUUUUCCACCAGAUUCCUGCUGCAACACCCAAGUUCAUCGACAUAUUGUGUCGGUUAGUUCUGCAGACAGAAAAGAGCCUUCUGGUGGAGGCAAGUUCUCCAUUCCGGGAGCCACUGAUGAAGUUCCUUCUGCGCUUCCCACAAGAGACGAUCGACCUGUUUCUGCAUGACAAUAACAUCAAGGAUCAGCAGUGGAGUCGCUACUUGGAGUUUAUGAUCAAACACAAGGAUGGGAAGCCAUUCCGAGAUGUUCUGCAGAACAGCAGCAUGCGACUUAUCAACUUGGCCCUUGGAAAUAGUUCCCAGCAGCCUCUGCAGCCAGCAGACAAGAGGGAGAUGCAGUACCAGAGCAUCCGCAUCACUUCACUGCUCAUAAAGCUGGAUGAUCAGUGGCUGUCAUCACAGCACCAACUUGUCACUGCCUACAAACAGAUUUGGUGCGACGACCAGUACCAGGAGUUCCACCGGAAGGUGGACUGCGUAGAUUACCAGCAUUGGAAGGAACCGAAACUUAUCAUCAAGAUCCUCUUGCACUUCUUUUGCCAUCAUCCGAAUGACAUCGACCUGCUGUUCCAGCUGCUGCGUGCCCUUUGUGAGCGGUUCAUACCAGACUUCCAGUUCCUGCGGGACUUCCUAGAGAAUGUUGUGGCCCAGAGCUACACCAUAGAGUGGAAGCGUUCUGCCUUCUUCCGGUUUGUAGAGCACUUCCCAAACCCAUCUGUGUCCCAGGAGCUCAAGUCGAAGAUACUGCAAAUGGUGCUGAUUCCUUGCUUUGCUCAGAGCUUCGAGCGUGGGGAAGGCGAGAAGCUGGUGGGCAGCUCUGCAGCUCCUGACCAGGACAAUCCUGACAAUGUCGUGUCUGUCUUCAUCAGCAAGGUGAUUGAUCCAGAAAAUCCAUUUGGCAACUCGGACUCUGUGCGGAUUCUGCUGCUCCAGUUCUCUUGCCUGCUGGUGGAACAGGCCUCACCUCACAUCCAUGAUGCAGCGAACAAACGUCAGGGAAACAAGUUGCGACGCCUCAUGAUGUUCGCUUGGCCGUGUCUGCUGGUUAAGAACUGUGUGGACCCUGCUACACGCUACCAUGGCCACCUUCUGCUGUCACACAUCAUUGCCAAAUUUGCCAUCCACAAGAGGAUUGUCCUUCAGGUUUUCCACAGUCUGCUGAAGGCGCACGCACUUGAGGCUCGCAUUGUUGUGCGGCAGGCUCUGGAGAUUCUCACCCCAGCCAUGCCUGUGCGCAUGGAGGACGGCAACACGAUGUUGACGCACUGGACCAAGAAGAUCAUCGUGGAGGAAGGCCACUCAAUGCAGCAGCUCUUCCACAUCCUGCAGCUUGUUGUUCGGCACUACAAAGUAUAUUAUCCGGUGCGCCACCACUUGGUGCAGCACAUGGUGAACUCCAUCCAGCGACUAGGUUUCAGUCCCACAGGCACCAUUGAGCACCGCAAACUGGCCGUCGAACUGUCAGAAGUGAUCAUCAAGUGGGAACUCCAGCGAAUCAAGGAUGAAUCGGACACACAGGAUAUUGCAGCCUCCCCAUCUGGAGUGGGGGUGAAGCGCCUCUCCGCCGAUGACCCCAAUCUAAAUGCUGAGUCCAGGAAACAUCAUGCAUCCGGAACUGGUUCUAGCAUUGUGCCCACAGUGAUACCUAAGGUUGAACCAGGGAGCACUGAGCCUAUUGAACGGGCCCAUGCAGACACCGUUCUCAAUUUCCUGUUGAGACUGGCUUGCCAGGUGAAUGAUGCCAACACAAUGGUUGGCACCCCUGGCGAAUUGCUUUCGCGCCGCUGUGUGGCACUGUUGAAGACUGCACUGAAGCCUGACGUAUGGCCACAGCAGUGUGACCUGAAGCUGAACUGGUUCGACAAGGUGUUUGCAUCCGUUGAAUCAGGCUCGCCAAACUACGGCAACAUCUGCACUGCCCUUGAGCUUCUGACCUUCCUCCUUGGUGUCAUGAAGAAGGAGCAAAUUCUGGCAAGCUGCAAGCCCCUGCAGCGAGGCAUUGCAGCCUGCAUCACCUGCUCCAACUCAAAGGUAAUCCGCCUGGUGCAUGGACUCCUGUCUCGACUCAUGAGCAUCUUUCCUACUGAGCCAACCAGCUCCAAUGUGGCCUCCAAGUAUGAAGAGCUGGAGUGUCUGUAUGCCUGUGUUGGGAAGGUUGUGUUCGAGGGGCUCGCAAACUAUGAGAAGAACACCAGUGCCAGCCCAACGACGCUGUUUGGUACACUGAUGAUGCUGAAAGCUGCCUGUGUCAACAACCCCAGCUACAUUGAUCGCCUCAUCACACCGUUCAUGAGGGUUCUGCAGCGGAUGGCACGUGAGCACAUCACCCCCACCCCACCUCAUGAAACUAGCCCAGUUGCCAGUGAACUGCUCGUCCUGAGCCUGGAUCUUGUCAAGAGCCGUGUCGUUGUCAUGGGGGCAGAGAUGAGGAAAAUAUUCAUUGGCACCAUUCUUGUUGGACUGAUUGAGAAGAGUCCAGAUGUGAAGAUCAUGAAGGCCAUCACCAAGAUGCUGGAAGACUGGAUAGAGAACAAGAACCCAAUUGCAAUGAAUCAGGCACCGACACUGAGGGAGAAGUCGAUUCUGCUUGUCAAGUUGAUGCAGUACGUGGAGAAGAGGUUCCCUGAUGACCUAGAGCUCAAUGCUCAGUUCCUUGACAUUGUCAACUACAUCUACAGAGACGAGACGCUCAAGUGCUCAGAGCUGACGGUGAAACUGGAACCAGCUUUCCUGGCAGGACUUCGAUGUGUGCAGCCGGCCAUUAGAGCCAAGUUCUUUGAGGUGUUCGAUGCUAGCAUGAAGCGGAGGCUCCACGAUCGUCUGAUGUACAUCACGUGUUCUCAGAACUGGGAGGCCAUGGGUCCACACUACUGGAUCAAGCAGUGUAUUGAACUUCUGGUUGUCACUGCGUCCUCCAAUACAUUAAUACGGAUGUCGUCGGAUGCCAACCUGUUACCCGGCAUCACAUCAGUCAUAAAUAUGGCUGACUCAGCAGAAAAGGACAGUUUUGUUAAUCUGGUGAACGUGAAGGAGGAACCAAGUGACAUUCCGGAGGGUCUGGAUGGCCAAGAGAAGGUGGAUGAUAUUGACAUGGACCUCCAUGCUGUUGGAUCAGUGGACCAGAAAGGUGAAGAGCACCCAACAAGUCGAACGCGCAAGGCAGCACUGGCGCAUCUUAUCAUCCGCCAGUCCAAGGUGUUGGAGUCUAUUCGCUCCACAAGAACCGUUCAGUUCUUGUUUGCCACUGCUCAGCUGUGUCACAUGGAUACGGCGCUGGCGGAACGGGUGUGGCUGGACUGCUUCCCUCGCCUUUGGGGCAUCCUCACUGAGAAACAGCAGAGUACCCUUCUAGCAGAAAUGGUCCCAUUUGUAUGCAGUGGAGCACACGUUAUUCAGAAGGACUGCCAUCCCAGUGCCCUGAACACUUUCAUUGAGGCCAUGUCCCACUGCAACCCGCCCAUCGUCAUCAAACCAGUCCUGAUGAAAUACCUGGGGAAGUCACACAAUCUUUGGCAUCGUAUGACGUUAAACCUUGAACAGCUUGCAUUCGAACACGGGAACAACAGUCAGCUGAAAUCAAAGCGUGAUGUCACAGACUGCUACGAGUUUGAGCCCAUAGUGUCCCCCCAACAGGAGAUUCUGGACUCGCUGUCUGACAUGUACUCCUUGCUGUGCGAGGAGGAUAUGUGGAGUGGACUGUGGCAGAAACACGCGCGCUAUGUAGAGACAAAUGUUGCUAUUGCUUACGAGCAACAGGGCUUCUUUGAGCAGGCUCAAGGGGCAUAUGAGGUGGCCAUGAGCAAAGUCCACAGCGACUACAGUUCGAGUCCUGCACCAGGAAGUGUACGUAGUGAACUCAGGCUAUGGGAGGAGCACUGGGUCAGAUGUUCAAAAGAGCUCAACCAGUGGGACCUGCUACUGGACUAUGCGCGUGACAAGAGUGUACAGAACCCAUUCCUGAUACUGGAGAUUGCUUGGAGAGUUCCUGACUGGAACCUCAUGAAAGAAGCACUGAGUCAGGUGGAGACCAGCUGUCCCAAGGAAAUGAUGUGGAAGGUGCAUUUGUACAGAGGCUUCCUCGCAAUCUGCCACCCGGAGGACCCGCACUUGUCUGUGGUGGAGCGCUACGUGGAGCAGGCCAGUGGGCUGUGCAUGAGGGAGUGGCGCAGACUGCCCCACAUUGUUUCCCACAUCCACCUGCCCCUGCUGCAGGCUGCACAGCAGAUCAUGGAGCUGCAGGAGGCGGCACAGAUCCAUCAGGCACUGCAGCAUGGUCGCAGCAAUUCACUCCAUGACAUGAAGGCCACCAUAAAGACCUGGCGCAACCGCCUCCCUGUGAUCGCAGACGACCUGAGUCACUGGAGUGACAUCUUCACCUGGCGACAACACCACUAUACCUUCAUAGCCUCUCACUUCAAUGCACAGCAUGACCAGACUGUCAACAGCACACUUGGUGUACAUGCUUCUGCUCAGGCUAUCAUCCACUUUGGAAAGAUCGCCCGUAAGCACAACCUGCCGGGGGUGUGUCUCGACUCACUGUGCCGGAUAUAUACGAUUCCAAGCCUGCCCAUAGUGGACUGCUUCCAGAAAGUUCGCCAGCAGGUGAAAUGCUACCUGCAGAUGGCAACAGUAGGUGAUAAGAAUGAGCUGCAGAAGGGUUUGGAUGUGAUUGAGCUGACGAACGUGAAACUGUUGACACGUGAGAUGACAUCCGAGAUCUAUGCCCUGAAAGGCAUGCUGUUGGCACAGAUUGGCCGUUCAGAUGAUGCAAACAAGGUGUUCUCAGCAGCCGUUCAGAUGCACGACACAUUGGUGAAGGCGUGGGCGCUGUGGGGCGAUUACCUUGAGCAGCUGUUCACGCGAGAUGCCCGACAGAUUUCUCUUGGCACCCAAGCCAUUACAUGCUUCCUGCAUGCGUGUCGCCACCAGAAUGAAUCAAAGUCCAGGAAAUACUUGGCCAAGGUCCUCUGGCUGCUGACAUAUGAUGACGACCAAUCCACUCUAACUGAAGCAGUGGACAAGUACUCAGUGGGUGUGCCUCCAAUCCAGUGGUUGCCAUGGAUACCUCAACUGCUCACAUGUAUGGUGCGCAAUGAGGGGACUCUCAUUCUCAAUCUGUUGAGCCAGGUGGGACGCAUGUUCCCCCAGGCUGUGUAUUUCCCAAUUCGAACGCUGUACCUGACACUUAAGAUAGAACAGCGCGAACGCUACAAGAGUGCAGAGCAGGCUGCUGCUAUUGCUGGCAAACUGGCUGCAUCCAGUCAGGCACGACUCCAGAAGCACGGAGCACAGCAUGCAGCAGGAAGAGGGGAAUCACAGCAGCAAGGAGACCAGUCUACACCGUCUGCACAGCCUCAGCAGCUGCACGGCAGCCAGGCAACAGGUGGAGGGGAGACAGGUCCCAUACGUGCCACCCCUUCCAUGUGGCGUUGCUCUCGGAUCAUGCACAUGCAGCGAGAUAUUCAUCCAACGGUUUUAUCCUCUCUGGAAGGCAUAGUGGAUCAGAUGGUGUGGUUCCGAGAGAACUGGUAUGAGGAAGUGUCUCGACAACUGCGACAGGGGCUUGCAAAGUGCCUUGCUAUUGCUUUUGAGAACAGAGGGGCAGUGAGCGAAGCCACCAUCACUCCCCACACGCUGAACUUUAUUAAGAAGCUUGUGUCAACGUUUGGAAUUGGUAUAGAAAAUAUCUCCAGUUCAGUGAGUGCACAGUUCAGCAGUGCAGCGUCAGAGAGCCUUGCAAGCCGAGCUCGCGCAACAGUGCAGGAUCCUGUAUUCCAGAUGAUGAAAGUGCAGUUCACAACUGACUUUGACUUUGCCGUGCCUGGCUCCAUGAAGCUGCAGAACCUCAUUGUCAAGCUCCGCAAGUGGAUCCAGAUUCUGGAGACGAAAGUGAACACCCUGCCAAAGUCCUUCUUGAUCGAAGAGAAGUGCAGGUUCCUCAGCAACUUCAGCCUCCAAACUGCAGAAGUCGAGUUGCCAGGGGAGUUCCUCCUUCCCAAGCAUUCUCAUUACUAUGUGAGGAUUGCACGCUUCAUGCCACGAGUCGACACUGUCCAGAAACACAAUACGGCAGCACGACGUCUCUUCAUACGGGGUCACAAUGGCAAAAUAUAUCCAUACCUGGUGGUGAAUGACUCGGGCCUGGGUGACGCCCGGCGGGAGGAGCGUGUUCUGCAGCUGCUUCGGAUGCUCAACCACUACCUGGGCAAGCAGAAGGAAACAUCACGCAGGUUCCUACACUUCACAGUUCCAAGGGUCGUGGCAGUCUCUCCACAGAUGCGGCUCAUCGAAGACAAUCCUGCAUCCGUCUCACUGCUUGACAUAUACAAACAAGGCUGUGCUCGUGUUGGACUCGAACAUGACUCUCCUGUGCUCAGAUACUAUGAACGCCUUGCAGCCGUUCAGGCUCGGGGAUCACAAGCAAGUCAUCAGGUCCUGAGGGACAUCUUGAAAGAUGUUCAGUGCAAUAUGGUGCCUCGCUCUGUGGUCAGAGACUGGGCAGUCAGGACUUUCCCUGCAGCUACAGAUUACUGGAUGUUCCGCAAAAUGUUCACACUUCAGCUGUCACUGGCAUGCUUUGCUGAGUAUGUCCUGCAUCUCACUCGGCUAAACCCAGAUAUGAUGUACAUUCACCAAGACUCUGGCCUUGUCAAUGUGUCAUACUUCAAGUUUGAUGUGGAUGACACCACAGGUGACCUGGAUGCCAACCGCCCUGUACCAUUUAGACUGACGCCCAACAUCCUCGAGUACCUGAGCACUAUUGGAAUCAACGGGCCCCUGACAGCCAGUAUGAUUGCUGCAGCCCGCUGCUUGGUGCAGCCCAGCUUCAAGGUGCAGACAAUCUUGAGGGCCAUUCUGCGUGACGAGAUGAUCGCAGGACACAGGAAGAAACAGGAUGACUGCCAGCAUGAGUCGCUAAACUCUGCACCAGCUGACAUGGAGGGGGAGCUGCUUAUCAACAUGGUGACUCGCGCUGUUACGGCCAUCAUGUCACGACUCAACACCCUCUCCAACUCUGAUGUGCCUGAGAGCAAGGUAAGCACUUUGGUGACGGCAGCAAACAGUCACGACAACCUGUGCCGGAUGGAUCCAGCGUGGCAUCCGUGGCUGUAACUGUACACGACUGCCACAUGUGGAGCACACAGCCUUCUUUAUGUGCAGUGUACUGUGAUACUCUCUUCAAGAGUCUACUGUUUGCUUGCAGGUGUUAAAAACUAUACAGGAGUCAUGAAACUGAUCAUUACUGUGGACAGUUUCCGUGUCUGGAAGCAUUAAAGUAUGGGGGGGGCAACAUAAGUAUUCCAUUAUAAAGUACAAAGUCAGUUUAAAUAUGAAGGGCCUUGAAACUGACAAAGUAAGACACACUGAAUGAAAGUAACGGCUGAACAGGAUAUGACUCUUAUCCUUCCAGUUGUAAGGUUUCUUUCAUCUGAUGACCCCUAGAGAGAGGGGAGGGCCUUCUUUACAACCAGAUUCAGUCCACAACACAACAACUGAACUAAUUACAGUCGCUGUAUCCACUUUUAUGAUAAUGUUACAAUUGUACUGGUGAAAAGCAACAUCCCCAAGCAAUAUGUCACAAAAAUACACAUAUAUGGAGAAUCCAAUGUGCAGUUUAUUUCCUUCUUCUUCUUCCUUCAGUGUUCUCACUGUUAUGGGGUCAUCCAGCAACCAAUCCUAUCCAUCUGUCUCUGUCUUCCCAAAGUUGCUUCAUGUCACGUUCUUUCUUCCCUCAUUUGUGAUACCUUCCCUAACCUGGUGUUCCCAUCUUAAGGUUUGUUUUCUUCUUGAGCAUUUUCCUUUUAUUUUCAUGUUCAAACCUUCCUUAAUAUUCUGUCUUUGUUAUUCUUAAACAUAACUCUACAUGCCUAUUCUGUUAUUUAUUGGUUCAUCGUUCAAUGUUCUUAUCUUUAAGUUCUAUGUUUCCAUUUUUUAUUCUCUUUCCCUCUUGGAUUCUCCUUCUGUACUUCUCAAUGUCAUGUGAUGUUAGUCCACUAAUAUCUGCCUUUGUCUGUAGCAGUUAAAUACAUGUUUAAGAUUCCUAAGUCAGCAACUUCUAUUUUUCACAGUAGAAAAAUCAUCUGCUGAUGUGCCUUUUUAUUUUCUAAUACACAUUUAACAGGUAAAAAUUUGCAGAGGCACUUGAAAACAAAAUGUGUUGACCACAUAUUGUCAGAAAUCUCCCAAAAUGACUUGCUAACAUAUGCAAAGUUGGUAAUACAGCCAAGUUUGUUUUGUGGAUUGUACCUGGAGAUGACAGCACAAGAGGGCAAGCCAGACAAAGUCUAAUGUUGUAAGCUGCAUGACACUAGAUUUCACUGGUGAUCCUGUGCCAUGGACAGUGCUCUAGAGAUAUCUGGACACAUACUUGAACAAGACUUAUCAUGUAUGUGAUCAGACUGUGGAUGUCUGGGUCAUGACACCAUACAGUGUAGGUGGACACUGGCAGUUGGAAGGAUGAUGGUGUCUCCAUCUUGAGAGCACAUACCACAGUUUGAACAGUGAACCUCUAUGUACUGACUUUGGAGACACUUCCAGAAGUGGUAUGUCACAGCUUGGACCAGUCAGGACCCUUGCUUGAAAUUAGUAUAUUUGCAAGCAAAUGUGAAACAAGUGCCCCCCCCCAAAGUGAUUAGUUGUUCUCUGUGUCAAAGAAUGCAGCAUUUUGUAUGAAAUGACAAGACUGGUUUGUAAUAAAGUUGUCCAUCCUUAA